AUGAUCAACCCUCUGCCGAAGAAACAAUUCCAAGGUAUAUUAGAUAGCGCAACUUUUGAUAAGUUUGCGUCUCUUAAGCACAAUCGAUCUUUACUUCCAGGUAGCGAUAGCGUAAACCAACACAUCCCUACAAAUGAAGAAGUGAUAGCCCACCUUAAAAUUCUUAAAGCGUUUCAGCUUUUGAAAAUUAAAAUUCUUGGUAAACCUGGUGAUAUCGACGAAAAUGGUAGCUUCAUAGAUUUCACUGCUAAGCAGAUUAAAUUUUGGCAAGUCUACCUCUCAAAUGCAGCAAGAAGGUUUAUCGUGUAUAUGUCUGCCUUAAGAUAUAAGUUUAAAAAGGAUUACCCAUUCGUAGAUGAAACCGAACAAUUGACAAUUUACAUGAACGACCCUAAUUGCAAACUUAUUUCUGAAUACAUCAAUAGUGUAUUACCUCCACUUGAUAUUUUGAUGGUUUGGCAUUCAUUUACUUUAAACCCAAAGGCUUUCUAUGAUAAUGGUGUUAGGAAUAAUUUCUUGGAAUUUACUUUAUGUCCCUUCCCACUUCAUCAAAUUGCUGAGCUUAUUGAUGAGAAUACUUUCAUUUAUCAACCUCUGGGUGACUCUGUUAAAGAAUUUCACGAUUUCACUAGGGACUUCGGGCUUGCCAUGGAAUUUGAUUACGGUUUUGACCUUAAGAUGAAAUUAUCAAUCAUCUGUCCAAUUUGUGAUCAGCUUUUGGCUCAUGGUGUUCCUUUUACUACUUAUUCUAAUCAAGGUUUUGCUGACCCAGGUUUUAAAUCGGUAGCUAACGGUAGAUGCAUGUGUAUAAAUCAUACCGUUGAUAUUGACCAUGAUUCUUUAAGAAUGAGACAAGUUCAUGCUGAUUUAGAAAGCAGUGCUCAACUUGGUACUAAGUAUUUACCAAAUAUUGUUCGAACUGAAUCAAGAUUAUUAAAUAAGCAACCUUCAUCUGGUAUUGUUGAGUUAGACUCUUUCUUUAAAAGCUCAUCCUAUCUUAUCAUUAGUUAUUUGGAAUCGGCAUCCAGCUGGUCUGAUUUUAUCGAUAACGUUUCAUUUUUGUUGAAUAUAUCUACUAUUCCGAAUACACUCAGAAUUUUGAAGCUGUAUGAGCAAAUGAAUUUGUUACAUUUAACUAUACCUAAAACCAAAGCCAAGUGUGUACAGAUUUCUGAAGACUUGGUGUCUUUGACAGUUAGGCAAGAGAGAUUUAUUAUGAAAAUGAAUUCCUUUGAUUUAUUAAAUUCAAAAGUCUAUCUAGAACAAUCGGCCGAUGAAAGUAUUACAAGAUAUGUGAAAUUCUUUAAGCUAAUGAGUGAAAAUUAUUUGAAUACAAUGCUUGUGCCUACUUUGGAUAUUGACCUUAUUUGGCAUACUCAUCAAUUGAGUCCCAUUUACUAUAUUCAAUACUCUAGGUCGGUCACUCCUAGAAAGUUUGUGAUCGGGCAUGAUGAUAAGAUUGAUGAAGAUACUUUAUCGACAUCUUUCCAAACAACUGGCACCUUAUUCUAUCAACGAUUUGGCGAACACUAUUACUAUUGUCCCUGCUCUUUUUGCAAUGAUACUCCUCAAAAUACGAGACCGAUUGUUAAAAGCUUGUUUUCAAACAACGAUGCUAGGGCAGAAGAGACUAAGUAUUUAAACAAUAGUACUAGUUCUCUCUUAAGAAUUUCCAAUUCUUUGACUAACACUAAUGCUUCACACAUUUCCGCUCACAAUGCUGUUAGAAAGCUUACCAAGAAAAAGAAGAUGAAUUAUAAAACAAUUGAGAGACCUUUCCCUUGGAAUGAUUGGAAUGCAGAAAGCAGAGCUUUGAAUAAAUAUGGAUCUUACUUUGUUUUGCAACCAAUUGGAGAAGGAGAUGAAGAAGAAGGCGGCAUGAGAGUCGAUACUUCUGAUAACUUCAGUGUAAAUGGCAUACUAGGGUCCCAAGUGAAUUCCAAUAGUGAUGGUACUAUUACAAACAGCAAUUCAAGUGGAGCCAAUGACGAAGGUAAUGACACUGUAACAGACCCAAAUUCACCGAGAUUUGGUUCCAUUCCGGUAUCAAGAUCCUUGUUUUCUUCCAAAUCUAACUCAACUAUUUCCAUUAGAAUAAAUAGUAGCAAUAGUCUUGCAACUAUGUCUAGUGUAAGUAGUGCGGGUGGAGCUGAUUUAGAGGGAUUACAUUUACCAGACGCCUUUGCCUACGAAAGUGAACUAUCCUAG